GUGUUUUUUUCUUCUUUUAAAUAAAGUUGGCCAUAAUAUUUCUGAACUGAAAAUGUAAGACCUAACCUUUGGUGGACUAUCUUUUUGGAGGAAGGGGAUUUUGGACACGUUGGUUAUCUGAAGGACCUAGGUUCGGGGAAACAGAAGCAUCGGUCGGUGAAGAAGGGAAGGAAGUCACUAGAUCUACGUGGGAGAUUGUCGAAAAGAACAGGAAUGGUGUUAAGUCCAAGGCAUACCCCACGUUUGUCAGGCCGAUGCUGCAGGAAGUGGUGAUACGAGAGUUUGGAAGAUGCAGGGUAGGGCAAUGGCCGUGCGCUGCGCCCGUGCGGCCGCGCGGGCGGUCACCGAGAUGAGCGUGCUGAGGAAGGCUCUCAGCAUGUGUGCCGUGCAGCGGGACGAGUCGGCAGGGGGCACGGCCACGCACCAGCCGCGGUUGCCUGCGUCGGAGAAGUGGUGGCUGGACGGUAGCGUUCCCGCCUUCCCGGUCGAUCCCGCCAAGGUGAAGAUCAUCAAAGAGCCGAGCGAGUUCUACGACACGCUGCUGGAGAAGUGCUCGACGGCGGAGCACAGGAUCACGUUGGCAUCCCUGUACCUGGGGACCGGCAGCUUGGAGCGCAAGCUGGUGGACGCCCUGCAGGACCGCCUGGAACGGACGGCCGGACGGCUGCGCCUGACCGUGCUGCUGGACCACACGCGCGGCUCCCGGGACCGCCCCAACUCGCGCCACGUGCUCCUGCCCCUGCUGGCCCAGUUCCAGCCGUGCUGCCGGGUGUGCCUGUACCACACGCCUCUCCUGCGGCGGCCGUGGCGCUGGCUGCUCCCGCCGCGCUACAACGAGCUGCUGGGCCUGCAGCACAUGAAGCUGUACUUGUUCGACGACUGCGUCAUCUUCAGCGGCGCCAACCUGAGCCACGACUACUUCACGAACCGGCAGGACCGCUACGUGGUGGUGGAGGGCAGCCGGCCACUGGCGGACUUCUACCACGGCCUGGUGGGGCGCGUCUGCGACUUCUCCCUGCGGCUGGACGCGGCCGACCGCGAGAGCCUGAGCCCGGGCUGGACCUUGCACCCGUACCGCGGCAGUCGGCGCGCCUUCGUCGCCGCCGCCGCCGCGCACGUGCGCCAGUUCUACCAGGGUGCCGCGCGGUGUUCCCGGGAGCUCCCCGCCGCGCCAGGCGCGGAGACGUGGGUGCUGGCGCUGGUGGAGAUGGGCCAGCUGGGCGUGCACUGCGACAGCGUGCUGACACGGCGCGUCCUGGAGAGCGCGGCGCACGGCUCCACCGUGCACCUGGCCACCGGCUACUUCAACCUCCCCGGCACGUACACGGAGGUGAUCCUGCAGCGCUCCCUCGCCAGCUACCACGUCCUCAUGGCGCACCCCAGUGCCAACGGGUUCCUGGGCGCUCGGGGACCGGCGGGAGCCGUCCCGACGGCCUACCGGCUGCUGGCCGGAGCGUUCCUGCGCGCGGUGGUGGCGGCGGGGCAGGAGGCACGGGUGUGCCUGUGGGAGUACCGGCGCGCGGGCUGGACCUACCACGGCAAGGGCCUGUGGUACUCGCGGCCCGGCGAGCACGCGCCUUGCCUGUCGCUGGUCGGCUCCUCCAACAUGGGCGCGCGCUCCGUGCAGCGGGACCUGGAGAGCCAGGCGGGGCUGGUCACGGCUGACCCCGAGCUGCGUGCCCGCCUGGCCGACGAGCGCGACAGCCUCUUCGCGCGCGGCACGCCAUUCCCCCCGCGCUGCGCCGGCCCCAAGGCCCCGCUCUGGGUGUCGGCCGUCGUCCGCUGCUUCCCCCACUUCUUCUGAGCGCUGCCUGGGGCGAACUGUUGUCAGCUACCUUUUCUCUAGUCAAGUGAAUGUCGAAUUGCUUUACGUGUCUCCGGAAAAGUUACAUUUAUGUUGGUUUUUGUUUCCGUCAUUAAAAUUUAUUGUUCUUUGAA